UGAUUGCUGGCCAGCUCUCCUACUGUAGGUGGAGCUGUCUGUCCUGGAGUUGUGGGGAAGGUCUUCCUGUUGUGCUGGUUACCUUUUGCUCUCUGUCUCUGGUUCCUGGUUAGUGACAGCCGUGCUUCGGUACAGCAGGAUUUCUGCCUUACGAAGACUUUUGUCAUCUGGGUACCGACCACCUCCUCGUUACGGGAGGGUUUCCUUUGAUGUCCUUCGAUAUGUUUUCAUGAUUUUGGUCAGAAGUUUUCUCCUCCACCGAAAUGUCUCUGCAGUGCAAAGCGGGACGAAAUCCACCGAUAGCUGAUCAGCUUCCCUGGAUUUCGCUGACGACAUCGCUUUGUUGCGUGUGAAGAUGGAAACACUGGAGUCGGAGCUGACCUGCCCAAUCUGUCUGGAGCUCUUCGAGGACCCCUUGCUCUUGCCCUGCGCUCACAGCCUGUGUUUCAACUGUGCCCAUCGCAUCCUAGUCUCCCACUGCAGCCCCAACGAGCCUGUGCAGUCCAUCAGCGCCUUCCAGUGCCCAACCUGUCGCUAUGCCAUCACCCUCAACCAGAGGGGCCUAGAGGGACUCAAGCGUAACGUCACUUUGCAGAACAUCAUCGACCGCUUCCAGAAGGCUUCCGUGAGCGGGCCCAACUCCCCCAGCGAGACUCGCCGUGAGCGGGUCGCCCCGGACGGCACGGCCAUGACCUCCCCCAGCGAGAGGGUGCAGUGUCAGUUCUGUGAGCAAGACCCUCCCCAGGAUGCCGUCAAGACCUGUGUCACCUGUGAGGUGUCCUACUGCGACGAAUGCUUGAAGGCCACCCACCCCAAUAAGAAGCCCUUCACCAGCCACCGUCUGAUCGAGCCCAUGCCGGACUGUCACAUCAGGGGACUCAUGUGUCUGGAGCACGAGGACGAGAAGGUGAACAUGUACUGUGUCACAGAUGAACAGUUGAUCUGUGCCUUGUGCAAACUGGUCGGUCGGCAUCGGGACCACCAAGUAGCUGCCCUCAGCGACCGCUAUGAGAAACUCAAGCAAACCUUGGACUCCAACCUCAGCAAUCUGAUUAAGAGGAACAACGAGUUGGAAACUCUGAUGGGCAAGUUGAUCCAGAUCUGCCAACAUGUGGAGGGGAAUGCAUCAAGACAAGAGAACAAGCUCCUGGAAGAGUGUGACCUCCUGAUGGACGUGGUACAGCAGAGAAGACAGAUCAUAGCCACCAAGAUAAAUGAGGGAAAGGCUAUCCGUCUGCGAAAGCUAGCCCAGCAGAUCGCCACCUGCAAGCAGAUCAUCGAGAGAUCGUCAUCCCUCAUCACUCAGGCAGAUCACACCCUGAGGGAGGGAGACCACGCCCGCUUCCUGCAGACAGCCAAAAGCAUCUGCGAGAGAGUGUCCAUGGCAACAGCAUCCUCUCAGAUCCUGAUACCAGAGAUCAACCUGAAUGACACUUUUGAUACGUUUGCGUUGGACUUUACGAGAGAAAAGAAACUGUUGGAAGGCUUGGAUUACCUCACAGCACCAAAUCCCCCAAUAAUCCGGGAGGAAUUAUGUACAGCAUCAUAUGACACCAUCACUGCUCACUGGACAUCAGAUGACGAGUUCUGUGUGGUCUCCUAUGAGCUGCAGUAUGCCAUCUUCACUGGACAAGCCAAUGUCGUCAGUUUGUGUAACUCAGCUGACAGUUGGAUGAUUGUGCCCAACAUCAAGCAGAACCACUACACAGUGCAUGGACUCCAGUGUGGCACCAAGUACAUCUUUAUGGUCAAAGCUAUCAACCAGGCAGGGAGUCGCAGCAGUGUACCUGGGAAGCUCAAGACCAACAGUCAGCCGUUCAAGUUAGACCCAAAGUCUGCUCACAAGAAGCUGAAGGUCUCCCACGACAACCUGACGGUGGAGCGAGACGAGACGUCGUCCAAGAAGAGCCACAAUCAGGACCGCUUCACCAGCCAGGGCAGCUACGGCGUCACAGGGAAUGUGUACAUCGACAGCGGGCGCCACUACUGGGAGGCCUUGAUAGGAGGGAGCACAUGGUUUGCUGUGGGCGUUGCUUACAAGUCAGCACCGAAACACGAGUGGAUCGGCAAGAACUCGGCCUCGUGGGUAUUGUCUCGCUGCAACACCUCCUGGGUAGUACGUCACAACAGCAAGGAGAUGCCCAUCGAGCCGUCCCCCCACCUGCGUCGCGUGGGGGUGUUGUUGGACUACGACGCCGGUUCCCUGGCCUUCUACGACGGCGCCGGCUCACAGCACCUGUACACGUUCGACAUCGCCUUCGCUCAGCCAGUCUGUCCCGUGUUCAACGUGUGGAACAAGUGUCUGACUGUUCUCACGGGGCUGCCCAUCCCAGACCACCUCGAGGGGACAGACUGCCAGGAUUAACUGACCAGCUAAUGCAACACAAAGGGAGCAGAACAGACCCACUUUCAGCCUCACCUGGCUGCCUUUGUGUCACACCAUCCAUGCUGUAUAAAGCAGAACAAAGCCAUGGUGCCAGAUCAGUCUCCAAUCAUUCUCUUAUAGAAGCAAAUACAUUGUUUUUUUUAAAAUUAUUUAUGGAAACCAUUUAUUGGGUUAAAAAAAAUAUUGUAGAUUUUAUUUCUUGCUUUAACACAUUAAUAUUCACUGCUAUAUUUAUGCUUAUUGGUUUUGGGAUGUGCUUAGAGAGGAAGGUUUUGGGAUGCGCUUAGAGAGGAAGGUUUUGGGAUGCGCUUAGAGAGGAAGAUUUUGGGAUGCGCUUAGAGAGGAAGGUUUUGGGAUGUGCUUAGAGAGGAAGGUUUUGGGAUGCGCUUAGAGAGGAAGGUUUUGGGAUGCGCUUAGAGAGGAAGGUUUUGGGAUGCGCUUAGAGAGGAAGGUUUUGGGAUGCGCUUAGAGAGGAAGGUUUUGGGAUGCGCUUAGAGAGGAAGGUUUUGGGAUGCGCUUAGAGAGGAAGGUUUUGGGAUGCGCUUAGAGAGGAAGGUUUUGGGAUGCGCUUAGAGAGGAAGGUUUUGGGAUGCGCUUAGAGAGGAAGGUUUUGGGAUGCGCUUAGAGAGGAAGGUUUUGGGAUGCGCUUAGAGAGGAAGGUUUUGG